AUGCAGCUCUUUGUAGAGUCAGCCGAGUGGGAGAGCAUCGACGCCUUUGACGAGUUUGCCGCCGCGUCCCAAGACUUUAAGAUCUUGUGGAAGACCUCCGUGCGAGUGCUACACAUGCCACCAAACUGCAUGCUUGCCCCGCAAAAUCUACUACAAUAUGGCACCAGCACUUCCAUAUCCGACAAAGUGGUGUUUGGUUCAGAUUUCAGCAAGCUUCUGACAUCUCUAAUCAUCCACCCAGUAUGGGGUCAUAAGUUUGGCAUGUUUCGACUCGCCUUGCAGUUUGCGGUCAAGUGCCGAAUAGGUCACCGAGGUGUUUGGCCCGAGAAAGAGCACCAUGCAAGAGGGUAUCAGGCUAUUGAGACACUCAGGCAUAUGCUCUAUCAGUCGAGAGAUGGGCCCGAAACCAUUUCCGAUAUGUUGGCGAAGGCAAUAGGCGAGACUGAGAUUGCUCAAGACUUCCCGGUCUUUCUACUCACCAUUGCUGACUAUGUCAAGAAGGAAGAUGGCCAUGAUCUUGAGAGUUACACCCAAUGCCAUGGACUAUUUGCAUUCCCUGUCCUGAUUGAGGACCUGAGAGCUAUCGAGAGAGCCCUUAACAAUUAUCCUUGGGUCGAAAAGUCUUGGAUGACCACUACAGCGCGCAUAUGGGCAGCUUUCAAGUCAGAGCUAGGGAACGACAAAGUUGAAUUCCCUGAACCUGGUCAGUUGAAGGAAUACCUUUCACGAAACGUAGAGUACGUCUUUCGAGUCAUGUUUUCGAGAAAAAAGCAGAAAAAAGACCAAGGAGGCCCAGACGCCAGGUUGAGCCAGUCUUUGCCGGAGAGCCUGAGCACUACUCGCAGUUCCAAUAACAGCCAGCUGCGUACGGAAAACGAACUUCUCAAUGGUCAGCUCGAACGUGUCCGCGAGGAAAGGGAUACAGCUAAAGAUCAAUUAAGAGAGGAGGCGCGCAUUCGGCUUGAAAACCUUACCCAGGCACGAGACCAGCUGUCUAAGGCACACGACGAGAUUGAUUCUCUCGAAAGUGCGAAGGGCAACUCUCAAGUCGAAUUGGAGUCUUUGCGCAAUACGAACGUUGAACUCACAAAGGAGCUGUCUGACGUUAAGCAGGGCUGUAAUAACGCGCAGAAGAACCUAAUCGAGGCCACACAGGGUUGGUCUGAGACUUUAAAGGACUUAUCCGAGGCCAGGCAGAAGAUUGCUUCUCUUGAAAGAGGUCAAAGCCGAAUCUGA